GAGUUGGAGUCAGACUUAAAAUCACUCCCAUCACAACUUUGGCUACUUAACUAAGUUCUGGUUUGACUUGAUGCUCACAGUGCAUGGAGAACAAUGUUUGGAGUGUCUGAGCUCCUCCUCCUCCCGCUCUGUUCUGGAUCGGCCCAUCUCGCCUGUGGAAUAGAAAUGUGAGGCCUUUUGUCCCGCGACUUCGACCAGCAGUCUUUAUUGAGUGGCUUUACCUCUGGGAGAGAACACAAGAAGCGAAAGCAGACGAUGUCAUAGCAUCCUAAAAAACAAAAAGAAUCACCUUCAGGAUGGAGGAGAAAGCUAAGAUGACCAGCCAGCAGGAACUCUGUCCCCGGAAUACGAAGGAUGUUUAUUGCCGCCCUCGCCUUCGUCAACUUCUCCAAAGCCUUGCUGGGCGCUUACAUAAAGAGCUCCAUCACUCAGAUCGAGAGACGUUUCGACCUCUCCAGCACUCAUGUUGGAUUAAUCGACGGCAGUUUUGAGAUUGGCAAUCUGUUCUUCCUCGCUUUAGUCAGCCACUUCGGUGCAAAGAUGCACCGGCCCAGGCUCAUCGCCAUCGGCUGCAUCAUCAUGUCUGUGGGAGCCUUCCUCACCGGUCUGAUUCACUUCUUCAUGGGAAGAUACAAGUAUGACUCAUUCAUCCACGGAUUUAGGAACAGCACAGAGAACUAUGCUGCGUGUGCGAGACAGACGCUAUCUGAAGAUGUUCUGAGUAACCAGACUGAUCCGUCCACAGAACUCAAUAAAGAUUGCGUUUCACAGUCCAGCUCCUCCAACAUGUGGAUCUAUGUGUUCCUGGGUAAUGCGCUGCGAGGAAUAGGAGAAACCCCAUGUACACCACUGGGUAUCUCAUACAUUGACGACUUUGCCAAAGCGGAAAACUCCCCAUUCUACAUAGCUUGUCUUCAGACCAUUACACUGCUGGGGCCCUUUUUUGGCUUUCUCCUUGGAUCCUAUUGUGCUAAUCUGUAUGUGGACUUUGGAUUUGUGGACAUGGAGAGCAUAACCAUUACUCCAAAAGAUGCCCGGUGGGUUGGAGCCUGGUGGGUGGGCUUCCUGGUGGGUGCUGUCCUCCUGUUGAUGUCCAGUGUCCCUUUCUGGUUCUUGCCCCGUUCACUGCCAAAACAAGAGGGUAAAGGAGGUGAGGUGAAUGAGAUAAAAGACAGGACUGAGGAGAUAGAGGACACUUUGAACGGCAAACAGAUGUCGUUGAAGGACAUCGCAAGAGGGUUUCUACCGUCCUUGAAGCGUCUGCUGGCCACUCCAGCGUACAUCUUGUGUCUCUGUGACUUCAUCCUACGGUUUAGCGCAAUUGUUGGCCUGAUCACCUUCAAAGGAAAGUACCUAGAACAGCAGUUUGGACAGUCUGCGUCCAGAGCCAACUUCCUCAUUGGUGUGCUGAACCUGCCAGCUGUGGCAGUGGGGAUCUUCCUUGGAGGGCUGAUCAUGAGGCGUUAUAAAUUGGAUGUGCUUUCAAGCGCAAAAUUUGUCUUUGGGACAUCUUUCACAGCCUUUCUCCUGUCAUUGCUGCAGUUUCAUGCCAAGUGUGACAAUAUUCCCAUCGCAGGGGUCACCGUAUCAUAUAGCGGAGGUUUGAACAUGACAUCCAGCGGUCACAUGCUGCUCUCUGAGUGUAACCGAGACUGCGCAUGCCUGGCCGAUGAGUGGGACCCGGUGUGCUCGGAUAAUAAAAUCACCUACAUCUCACCCUGUUUGGCCGGCUGCUACAACUCCACUGGAUUUGGCAAGAACACGGUCUUCAACAACUGCCAAUGCGUUUCGUCCUUCUUCCCGGACCUCAACAGCUCGUCGGUUAAGCUUGGCCCGUGUCCACAGUUGGCAGGAUGCUCGAGCAGUUUCACUUCGUAUAUGUUUGUGUCGGUUCUCAGCACAUUUAUCAGUGCCCUCGGAACAACACCAGGAUACAUGAUCAUUAUAAGAUGCAUCUCUGCCGACCUCAAGUCACUCGCUAUCGGAAUAUUGAUGUUGCUAACAAGAACUCUUGGAGGCAUUCCAGCACCAAUCUAUUUUGGGUCUUUAAUUGACUCGACAUGCCUCAAGUGGUCGGUCAAGGACUGUGGCGGCAGGGGGGCGUGCCGCGUCUAUGACAACGACAUGUACAGACUAACUUUCUUGGGCCUGAUCACUGGUCUCACGGGCACUUCCUAUUUCUUCUUCAUUGGUCUCAUAGUCGUCCUCGUGAAAGAGUUUGGGAAAACAGACAAAGCGACCGAAGCCGUGAAUGAAGGAAUGGAACUUGAGAGGCCCCCAGAUAAGAAAGGGAGCCAAACUGGUUGGGAGGACGGGAAGAAGCUUCCACAAGAGAGUCAACUUACAUCCCCGUGCAAGUCUCAGGACACCGCCAACCUGAUAUCUCCCCGCACAAAAGAAGACUUAAAGAAGGAGCGACUGAUGGCAGAGCAGUAUGUCAAUGAGAUUGAGUUAGAAGAACACGAGGGAACUCUGAAGGACAAAUAAUGCAAUGGACUGCACUUUACAGCAUGUAGAGGAAUGGUGAGGUAAACAUCGCCAUCGUCACAGGAGAUGAAGUGAUGCUCUGAUCUGUUUACACAAAGCCCUUUUUUCUACCAAACACAUCCAUGCUUUAUUCUUCUAAAUUGACUAACAGAGGCACUAUCUUUGAGUAUUUCAACAACAGAGGAAUGCAAAACUAACAGUUGCUCCAUGUUUCUAUAGCUAAAGACAUCUUUAUGCCAAGGCCAAACUUGGAAUACAAUGUUUAUCUAAGUGUUGGAAAGUGGAAUCAUAUUGGAGUCUGGUUUAUCUCUAUCCUCGACUAUUUAGAGCACUUAAUUUAAAGACAUGCAGCAUCAAAACCAACACAUCCUCACGACCAUGGCGUCAUAUAUUCACCUGGGAAAGUUGCCUUUUGCAUCCUAUACUGACGACAGAACCGUCACUAUGGCGGGGAGCCAUGUUGGGGGUUAUAAAUAGAAGCUGACAUCCAGCAUGAUUCAGUGAUGACAGCUUCCAUAUGUCUCCCCGCCUUCCCUGCAUGUUGCUCGUGAUGCUCCAUGCAGUCAUGCGCAAUGUGCCUCUGUGCACACUACACAUGAAGGAAAACAUUCUUUUAGUCCAUUGAAACACCUGCGUCAACAUGCAACGCUGAUGGCUGCCUUUGGCUGCCUAGUAUAGGACAAAAGUAUACUUUCCCAACGUCAAUAUAUUAUGCAAUAGGAGUAAGGAUGGACUGAAAACCUGUAAACUCAACACCUCCGAAGCUUGGAGACACUGGACAGCAUUCAAUUCAUUGUCAUUCUACAGCACUGCUGGCUUAAGAUCAGAGUGUGUAAGUGUGUUGAAUGAAGAGAUGAAAUUCCGCCUACUUGAAGAGCUCAUUAAAAUCUGUAUGCCUAUUGUGGUGGGACGUAAUCAUUGGUUGGCCCUGAGCCUAUCUGGUACUGAUCUUCUACUGAUUCCUGUUACUGUGCUGUAGGAGCUCCAUUACAAUACUGCCACCUGCUGUUUGAUACAUCAUAUUGUAGUCAUUGACCAGAUGUAGGGCAAUAUUAUUGUGUAAAAAAAAAAAUCUCAGGAUCAGCACCUCCAAGUCUGAGGCCAUGGUUCUCGACCGGAAUAAGGUGGUUUGCUCUCUCCGGGUCGGUGGAGAGUUCUUGCCCCAAGUGGUGUAGUUUAAUUAUCUCGGGGUCUUGUUCUCGAGUGAGGGAAUAGGUGAGCGUGAGAUUGAUAGACGGGUUGGUGCAGCGGCAGCAGUGAUGCGGUCGUCGUAUCGGACCGUCGUGGUGAAGAGGGAGCUGGGUCACAAGACGAAGCUCUCGAUUUACAGAUCGAUCUACGUUCCCACUCUCACCUAUGGUCACGAGCUUUGGGUAAUGACCGAAAGGAUGAGAUCGCGGAUACAAGCGGCUGAGAUGAGUUUCCUCCGCAGGGUGUCUGGGCGCACCCUUAGAGAUAGGGUGAGGAGUUCGGUCAUCCAGGAGGAGCUCGGGGUGGAGAGAGGAACCAGCUGAGGUGGCUCAGGCAUCUGAUCCGCAUGCCCCCUGGACGCCUACCUGGGGAGGUGUUCCGGGCAUGUCCUACCGGGAGGAGACCCCGGGGAAGACCCAGGACUCGCUGGAGAGAUGAUGUCUCCGGUCUGGCCUGGGAACGCCUCGGGAUCCCCCAGGAAGAGCUGGAGGAGGUUUGUGCGGACCGGGAAGUUUGGGCUUCCCUGCUCCGAAUGCUGCCUCCGCGACCCGACCCCGGAUAAGCGGCAGAAGAAGGUGAAGGAAGGUGAGAUGAAAAAAAAUCUCAAUGUUGGUAGAAAUGCGUAUUUCAUUUUAAUAUUUUGUGGUAAUUGCAGGUAUGUGCAGUUAUUGACAAAGGCUUAAACUGACACCAAAACCCUUGAAGGUUUUACAGGAUAAGAGUUGAAGUUUGCUUGGGUCUCAUGAGAAUGGAAUGAUUGGAGCGUUCUUAUCCGCGGCUCAUGCAUUUCUAUGUUUAGUUGUCCGAACUAGAUACUGCUUUAGUGCUGAACUUCGAGGAUGCCUUGGCCGCAUAUCUAGGUAAUCCAAAACAUCGUCUGGUUGUACAUUUUACCGAAGUUACCAAUGGUAACUAGCCUGACCAUUUUAGCAAAUAUAAAGUGCACAAGGUCAUGCACACUGAUAAUCAUCUUAUUUUGGGGCUCAAACACGAUAAAAACAUUUUAUUUCUUAAUUUUCUAUAAUGUUCUAUGAUGUUGUCAGCAAAGAGUCAUCUAAGUGAAAACAAUGCAAUAUGAGUGUGACAUCACUGGGCUUCAUUUCAGCAACACAGCUGGAGACAAGGGUCAAGAAAGACUUACAUUCUGAUCAUAGACUGCAUCCGAUGAUCUGUUUUACUUUACUUUGUUUUCCAAAGAGUUUACGUUGUAAUGAACAAUGUUGUUGCUGUUCCUGACCGUGUUGAGACAUUCCACCAGAAUAGGUGUUUAUAUGUGAACAGACAUUAAAUGAAUACACUACGAAUAACUUUGAUCUCUGUACUUCCACAUACUGUUUGAAAAUGGAGUAAUAAUCAUGACAAAUUGACAGUUUCCCUUGAGUUUAAGUCACAAGAAUAGAUUUUAAGUCCUACACUUUCCACCCACAUCCACCUUUUCUCUCUCCCUCUUUUCUUUUUGUCUCCCCUGACUCUUCCGUCCAUUAAACUAAAGCCUCUUAAUAUUUAAUAAGUUCAUUUAUCACUUGUACACAUCAUACAAAGCCACAACAAAAUACACAAAGCUGUCAUGGCCAUCUGUCAGUUGAAUCCCCAAAACUCACCAGUGCAGCUUGGUCGUCCUGGUUCACAGAGAGAUUACAGGAAGCUCACAUGGGUGUUCUUUGGAUCUUGGCGUGUUUCUGAGUUGUUAAGUUUCCAUUAGCACUGUAUCACUGCUAGCCCAAAAACCACCACUUACCAGCAACCUGCAGGGUGAGAUUUUAGCUCCAAGAAAGGGAGGCAGGAACAUG